AUGGCAGCGAGGGCGCUGAGCACGGGUCUUCCGGAACCUAGGAGGGGUGAAGAGGCAGCGCUGCUUUUCCAAAGGACCCAUUACCACCAUGACCCGUGCUGGCUGCUGCCGGUGCCCCCACGUCUCUGCCUGGCCUGCGCUUUGGAGCUGCUGCCGGAGUCUGGCGUGUCGUUGGUACGUAAGAAGUACAUGCUGUCCUGCUUUCAAGAUGCCCUCGUGAGGCACACCUCCCUGGUCGUGCAGUUGGUGGCUCAGAAUCAGAGAGUCUGUCUCCACUUCAUAAGUGUGCUUUUCGGACUGUUAUGCAAUGUGGAAGAUGGGAGUACCACAGACCUCUGUAUUGAAGUCCUUGUCCAGCUUACAACUCAGUUGAAACUAGAGCAGACCACUCUUUUCUUGCUGAAUGAAUGCCACAAAGAGCUGUGUAACUUACCCUCCAUGAGAAACAGCCUGGCCACCCUGACUCUUCUUGGCAAGUUGGUGGAUGCCACCCCUUCUCUGGCAGACAAGCUUGUAAUGGAGCACAGUGACCUGAUGGAGCAUCUAUUGAGGGGCUUAGUAUACCCCAAUGAGGGGGUUCAAGCUUCUGUCUGUUACCUCUAUGGGAAACUAUACUCCUCACCAAUGGCGGCUGAGAUGCUAUCAGGCCAUUUACGAGAGAAGCUAUGUCCCAUCUUCCUUUCUAUCCUGAAUGGUGCCCAGAUAAAGGAGCUUCAGAUCAACUGCUUGGGUUUGCUAAGGCAGUUGCUGAAGUAUGAUCUUUUUGUGUCCAUGAUUAUGAACAAGUCUGCACUGGCAGAAAGUGCUGAGAGUGAUGAUGGAAGCCCAGAAGAGAGCUCUCUACCUCUGGUACUCAAAAAGCUUCUCCUCUCUAGAGAUGAGACUCUGCAGGUGACCAGUACUCACUGUAUAACAGCGGUGCUAGUCCACUGCCCAAGGAAGCAUGCCCCAGCCUUCAUCCAUGCUGACAUCCCAGAGUUCCUCUUUGAGCAUCUUUCUUCUUCCAGUGAAGUGCUUGUCUGGUCCAGCUACAGCUGCUUAAUACUUUUGGCAGAAGAACCACUCUUCUUUUCCAAGUGUCACACAGUGUAUGGAAUUGAGUCGGUAGUGAGGAGCCUACAGAGAAGCCUGAAGACAAACAACAUGGAGCUGCACAAACAAGGCCUGCUGCUCUUUGCGGAGAUCCUGACUCGGCAGCCAGAGGAGAUUAAGCUGUUCACAAGCUCAGCCAUGUGUGGAGAUGCUAGCCGUGCCCUCCAAGAGGCAGUGAGCAGCCCUGUGCUGGGGGUGGCUGCUGAGGCAGUGAAGGCCACUUCUGCCUUUCUGAGGAAAGACCACCAGUGUGCACCACCAGUGCAGUACAGGGAGCUGCGGGCCUUGCUUGAAGCCAUGCUGAACCGAUGUACAGACUUUUUCCAGACUCCACGGAACAUGAGGCCUCUGGGCCAUGUCUCCUGUAGAGAUUCAGACAAGGCUGUUCUUCAAAAGGGAAACUUCCUCCUAAGCACGCUGGAAGGGUUUAGAAAUGCCUGCAGGCUAGCUAUGGAAUUCCAGAAUGAGCCUUCAGCCCAGGAGAAUCCAUUUACAGCUCCCAGCACUGAGAAGGAAGACACCUUGGAGAACUUUUCAGAAUUUCUUCUCAGUGCCUGUGAUUCCUUGUGUAUCCCCCUGGUGAUGAGACACUUGGAGCAGGCCACUAAUCCAGCUCUGAUGGAAGUUUUCUUCUCAAUUCUACUUAGCCUUUUUGUCAUUGUUCCUCACAUGAAGGAAAAGUUCUCCAAGAAACUCGCUGCCUCAUUCUUCAUUCGACUAACCUUGGAACUAAAGGCCAGGUUCUGCGGCGGCAUGAGCCACUCAUCCCUGAACCAAGUAUGUUCCAGUUUCCUUCAUUACUUGUGCCUCAACCUCCUCUUGACUCCAGAGAAGACAGAACCACCUUCCCAAGAAGAGCUUUCUGCAGCCACAGAGUUCCUGCAGCAUGGACUGCCCCAGAUAAGCAGCAGGAGUCCUGAAAGCCUUGCCUUCCUGGGAGAUCGCCAGUAUGUGGAGGCAGCUGCUCGCCAGAAACAAUACUGCAUCCUGCUCAUUUUCUGCCUGGCCUACAUGCAUGAUGACAGGUUUGUCUCAGAAGCAGAGUUAUCUGUGGCUGUGCAAAACUUCCUUCUGUCUCUGCAAGAUCAGGGUGAGCAGCCUCCACUGGUGGUCUUCAGAGCUUGCAUCUACGUGCUUGCAGUCUGCCAGGACAAGGGUGGUGCAGUCGCUGAGGGUGUGGUCAGUGCCAUCAGAAAAUUUCUAGAGGGCAUUCCAGACCUGCACUUAGUCUACACUCACCACCCACUCCUGCUCAGGUUGUUCCUAAUGUAUCCAGAGCUGAUGAGCAGGUUUGGGCACCGUGUCCUGGAGCUUUGGUUUUCAUGGGAAGAGAACAGCUGCGAGGAGCUCAAUGAUGUCCCUACUCUUGAAAAGUCCAGCCUUCCUGCCAGCGUCAUAGCCCUGUUCCACAUGCUCAGAAGUAGUCCCAGCAUCCUGCUCAUUUUGCUAGACCUCAUAUAUUCCAGCCCAGUGGACACAGCCCGCAAGGUGCUGAUCAUCCUGAGGACCUUUUUGAGGAGGAAUGAGGAUUUCCAAGUGGGUGGUCUCAUCCAAGGCCACUUUUUGUUGAUCCUACAACAUCUGCUGGUGGAACAUGGGGAUUGUCCCUCAGCCUCAGGGAACCUGCCUUUGUUGCUGAACCUCUUCUCGUUAGUGCAGCUGAGGAAGGAGUCAGGGCAAGAACUGGACGGCAUGGCCAUGAAGCUUCUUCACCAAGUGAGUGAGCUGUGUGGGAAAUGCAGCCCCAGUGAUGUGGACAUCCUCCAGCCCUCUUUCAACUUUCUGUACUGGAGCCUUCAUCAGACCACGCCGGGCAGUCAGAAAAGAGCUGCAGCGGUGCUCCUGAGCAGCACGGCUCUGAUAGAGCUCCUGGAGAAGAUGCUGGCGCUCACCUGGGCUGAGGCUGGCUCCCCUAGAACUUCACUCCUCUGCUCUGCCUGGCUGCUCGCUGCCUCAUUCUCUGCUCGGCAGCACAGUGGCAGCCUGCAGGUUCACCAGACUCUAUCUGUGGAGCUGGACCAAGUACUGAAGACCCUCAGCUUUCGUAAGAAAGAGGCUGCACUACUCUCAGCUGCCAUCUUAUGUUUCCUGAGGACUGUCCUGCGACAAAGUUUUUCCUCUGCCUUUGUGACUCUGGUACCUUCAGGGGCCCAAGCUUCCUCAGACCCUAAAGAUACUGUCCUAGCUCCAUUGAGAACAUCACAGGUGCUGUCCCUGGUCAUCGGAUUACAGAACCUCCUGGUGCAGAAAGACCCUCUGCUAUCCUAUGCUUGUGUUGGCUGCCUGGAGGCCUUGCUUGACUACCUGCAUGCCCGGAGCCCAGACCUCGCACUCCAUGUGGCCUCCCAACCCUGGAAUCGGUUUUUGCUGUUCACUCUCCUGGAUGCUGGGGAGAACUCCUUUCUCAGACCUGAGAUCUUGAGGCUCAUGACGCUGUUUGUGCGGUUCCAGAGCAGCAGCAUCCUCUCUCAAGAAGAGGUGGAUCGUGUUCUGCAAGGUGCCUCCUUGGCUGACCUCUCUGCACUGUCCACCACCACACUCCAGGCUCUACGUGGCUUCUUCCUUCAGGUCCAGCACAUGGGCUUCCUGACUGAUCAUGACACAGUCCAAAAACUGCAGGCCUCCUUGGAAGACCUUUUCUCCAGGGCCUCUUCUGCCCAGCUACCCAUGCAGGACAUGCUUUAUAUGGGAGGGGUGGCUGUGUCGCUGCCCCACGUUAGAGACUGACCUGCAGGACUUGAAGACCAAGAAACAGAACUGAGACUUUGAGAAGACAAAGUCGGCACAAUUCUGGGUGGAAAUGGAUGACAACUGCAACUGUCUACUCCCAUUGUUGAAAUGGAGUUAGGAAAUAAAACAUAUUCACAUG